AUGCCGCCGGGGGCUGACGCUGUCGCGGGUUCAGCGCUGCCCUUCUCGCAGCUGGCACAGCCGAAGCUUGAAGACUACGACAGGAAAGCCGUACACCAAAUAGACCAGCUGCAGCGGGAGCAGCGGCACCUGAAAAGGCAGCUGGAGAAGCUGGGGAUAGAUAGGAUAAGCAUGGCCAGUAUCGGAUCGGCUGUUUCUGCGGAGCGCUCGGACUCGGAUAGAGAAGAGAUAGACGUGGACGUGGAGAGCACGGACGACCUUCCCGCGGACCUCGACUGGAGCAGCAGCAGCAGCAGCCCGAGCGACUCGGACGAAAGGGGGAGCCUGCAGAGCGUCUGUAGCGACGAGGGCUAUUCCAGCUCCGGCGUGAAGAGGUUGAAGUCGCAGAGCAACCGCAAGCCUUCUCUCGGUCUAUAAGAAGCACCUCCCGUAGCCGUUUCACCCGUCGCUCCUUCCCUCUUGGAUCUCCUUAGGUAGAACACUGGACCGUCCCGCCAUUCUCUUGCACGU